AUGGACUCUGACCUAGAAAAAAGACAAAGAUCUCCUUCCUUGCGGAGUGUGACACGAGAGCAGAUAGAGGCUUCGCAUACUCUGGGAACUCCCCCGCCAACAUGUGGAUCGAGAUACGAACGAUGGGCGAGGAACAUCAAAGGCUUAGAGGCUCGCGGGAUCGAGCCCGUGUCUCUUGAAGAACGACUGAAGAACACCAGCUCAACCCCUUUCCGAAUGAUGCUCACAUGGUUCAGCAUGGGUAUGGCAAUCAAUAAUAUAGUGACCGGGUCUUUGGGAACACUGGUAAUGAAGCUGAGCUUCACCGACGCCGCGCUGUGUGUAAUCUUUGGAACGUUCCUGGGAGGCCUAGGGGUUGGAUACAUGAGCACAUGGGGUCCCAGAAGCGGCAACCGCACACUUAUUGUGUCUCGGUAUUUCAUGGGAUAUUACCCCAGUAAGGUCUGUUGUAUACUGAAUGUGCUUACCAACUUGGGAACUGGCAUGAUGAGUGCCACUGUAGGAGGCCAGUUGCUUUCCAAGCUAUCGGGAGGUGUCGUGUCCGUCAUAGUCGGUAUAGUACUAGUCGCCUUGGUGAGUUGGGCAAUGGCUACCUUUGGGAUGAAGAUAUUCCAGUUCUAUGAGCGGUAUGAUUCGUCCACCUUCAAAUUUUCAAAAUUUGCUUGGUUUCCGCAAUUGUUGAUCUUUUGCGUUCUUACCGGCUCGGCCGGUCCGCAAUUCGACUUCCAUAGCCCGUCGAUCGGUUCUAUUGAGCAGAUAAACGCAAAACGUCUAACAUAUUUCUCACUUUGCCUUUCUAUUCCCUUGUCAUGGAUACCUGUGUCCGCAGACUACCAGGUUUACUAUUCUCCGGAAAUACGAAGAUGGAAAGUGUGGACAGUAACCACGAUCGGUGUAAGCCUCUCAAUAGCCAUAACCCUUCUUCUUGGCGCCGGGCUUGGAAGCGGUGUUGCAAUCAACUCCAAAUGGGCGUCUCUUUAUGACGGCACACCGGGGAGUCUGCUGAUGGCCGGCUAUGAUCGGUUGGGGCCUCUUGGGAAGCUAUGCGCCUUCAUCAACGUCUUAACGAUUGUGUCCAACAAUGCCCCCAGCUCGUACUCAACGGGACUGAAUUUCCAAAUGCUGGGAGAGAUGUGGCUCAGGGUUCCACGGCCUGUUUUCACGACUGCCAGCACUCUGGUCUACGCAUCAUGUGCUAUCGGAGGCCGAAACUCUUUGUAUGAGAUCUUCGGGAAUCUAAUGCCACUCAUUGGCUAUUGGGUCAUUAUCUGGUUCACCAUUGUGGUAGAACAAGACGUACUUUUCAGCCGAGGGAAAAGUUACGACUGGACGGACUGGAACAAUUGGCUUAAGCUCCCAGUUGGAGUGGCAGCAAGCACUGCCUUCUUGAUCGGGUGGGUAGGAGCCAUUGUUGGCAUGAAUCAAGCCUAUUAUACAGGCCCAGUUUCCAGAGCGAUUCCAGGUGGAUGUGAUUUGGGCCUCUGGCUGGGGUUGGGCUUCACGGCUCUUGCGUUUCCGCCAUUCAGAAUGCUGGAGUUGAAGAUUAUUGGCCGUUGA